CCCGGGGAAUUUGUUCGCGACUACGCAUUCCAACAGCCGUCUCAACGCCCUGAUUGAAGGGUCACUAUAAACCUUGAUCUCCUUGGUACCACUAACGAGUAACAAUGGCAAAAGCAGUACUUGCCGGCAGCACCGGCCUCGUCGGCUCCAACAUCCUCUCCACUCUUCUCGGCCACCCCUCCUUCUCCUCCGUCUUCGCCUUCUCGCGCCGCGACCUAUCCAACCUCAAUGGCUCCACCAAGCUCCAACCCAUCAUAUCCGCCGAUUCCGCGCAAUGGGCGUCUCAAUUCCCCUCAGCCGAAGCCCCCAAGAUCUUCUUCAGCGCUCUUGGCACCACGCGCGCAAAAGCUGGCGGUGUCGAAGCUCAACGCAAAAUCGACUACGACCUCGCCCUUGACCUAGCCAAAGCCGCCAAACAAGCCGGCACAGAGGUAUGCGUCCUCAUCUCGUCCAAUGGCGCGAAUGCAAAGUCAUAUUUUGCGUAUCCGAAGAUGAAGGGUGAAUUAGAAGAGGCGGUUAAGGCUCUAGGCUUCAAGCAUACGGUUAUACUACGUCCCGGGUUGAUUGUCGGGGAUAGAGAAGAGAGUCGGCCGGCUGAGGCGGCAUUUAGGGGAUUGGCUAAGGGCUUGAAGGGAUUGGUAGGGAGUGGUAUGUUGACGGAUUCGUGGGCGCAGGACGCGGAUGUUAUUGCGAGGGCGGCGGUGCAGGCUGGAGUGACAUGUUUAGAGGGGAAGAGGGAGGAGGGCGUGUGGAUGGUGUCGGGGGAGAUUGUUGAGCUGGGCAAGGCGUAGGGGUGUGUUGCAUUGAGAGGAGGAGAGGUGGUGGUUAGGAAGAACGUGUGACGAUGUUAUACCCGAUUCGAUUUUCGAUGUUCUUUAUCUAGUUACAUACAAUAUACCUAUCAUUUGGCUGCGCAGCAGCGCUGAAUCCGUCCAUUC